GUUUUGAGACAGUUCGCCAUCGCAGACAUGCUACCGAGUGUUAAUCGACUUCUAAGUCUCUUUGUCAGAGAUAUUGGAAAUACAACAAGACCCCAUAUUCCCCUACGGUUUUCUAGAACCCUUAGUACAUUGAACCAAGAGUCCCAGCCAGCUGGUGAUAAUGUGCUUGGAGAAGAAGGAACAGGUAGAUUGUCUCUACCUCUAAUGACAGAGAGGGAGAUUAAACAUCCCAACCCUUACAUCAAGCCACGUUUAGCAUGGUUGGAGACACUGGGGCAGAUAGAAAACAAGAAGUUAGGAAUUAUCAACUUGCAUCCUGACAUAUUUGCAACAUUUCCAAGACUAGAUAUAAUUCACAAUAAUGUUUUAUGGCAGCAAACAUACAGGAGAAUAGAUUAUGCCACUACCAAAACAAGAGCAGAGGUACAGGGGUCAAAAAAGAAACCUUGGCCACAGAAAGGACAAAAUAAAGCACGUCAUGGCCAUAGGCGAUCGCCCCUUUGGAAGGGAGGUGGAGUAGCAAAGGGUCCUAGAGGUCCAAGAAGUUAUUUCUUUAUGCUACCUACUGGGAAGAGAGUGAUGGGGCUAAGAGCUACUCUCACCUGCAAAUAUGCUCAGGACAACCUUCACAUAGUAGAUUCUCUUGAUAUUCCACAAGAUGAUCCAGAGUACCUGCAGGAGCUGAUAGAACACAGAAACUGGGGAUUGUCAGUACUUUUUGUGGAUGAUGAUGACAUCAUGCCAGAAAACAUAAUUCUUGCAACAGACCCAAUUGGCCAUUUUAAUGUUAUGCCAGUUUAUGGUUUGAAUGUGUACAGUAUGCUGAAACAUGAAACUUUGGUCCUAACUUUAAGAGCUGUUGAAAAAAUUGAGGAGAGACUUCUGCAUUUCAUGCAUAAACCAGGUCCUCUGAACCAAAAGUGGCAGGCUGGAAAUGUUGGAAGUUUUAGAAGGAAAAGUUGGGUAUGAGAAGGACACAAAUGCUCUUCCACAAUCAUCAGGAGGAAGCAAAGAAGAAGCAAAGUACCAAUACUUGACAGAAAGACUGGCAGUCAGUAGUUUGAUAAAGUACUUUUUCAUCACUUCUUUUGGGCCAGUGAACGAAGAAAUGUUGUGCAACCCUUUGUUUCUGUUCACUUGAUGCAUACCACCAUUACAGAUUUUCUGAAAGAAGUAUGCUAAACUUGGACUGUAAUGUUGCUGCUAGAUCCAGAGACAACUCUCAAUGUGCCAUUUUUUAGGAAAUGGAUGUCACUUGAGGAUGAUCAACUUGGAACACUCAAAACGAGACUUUGUAAAA